CGAACGCGAGGGCUCAGACUGACCGGAAAUGACGUAAAUAAACUUCCGUGUUUUUAUCAUGGCUCAGUCGAGCUAGCUUAAUUUUAAAUCAGUUACAUUCCAAAUUGCCUCAGUUUUGUACCCCGUAUCGGGUAUUUUCUAUUUGAAUUGGUAACUUGAAUGUUUUUCCUGGAUGGCAGUUUUGUUCAGGAUGCGUGAUGGAGAAUGUGAACGCCUUCUCGGCUAAAUAAGAGACGAGCCGGUGAAAACACGUUGAGAUGUGAAGCCGCAGACCGACGCUCCUGUUCUUGGCUUUUACAUCCUCGUCGUCGUUCCAAUGGGGAAAAGGAAAGACAUGAUUCACCCCAGGUUUCUCGGCGAAGGCUGCUCCAGCGUGCACAGCGUGCACAGCGUGCACAAACGGAAACACAAGAAGCACAAGAAACACAAGAGGAAGCAUCACAGCUUCACAGAGGCCCCGGAGCCCGUCGCGGUUCCUCGUCCUCCCCCGCAGCUCCGCCUCAAGAUCAAGCUGGGAGGACAGACGCUGGGGACCAAAAGUGUUCCCACCUUCACCGUGCACCCCGGUGUGGCUUGUCCUCCCACUCCCUUGAUGAUUAUCAAUAAUAAUGACGACAACGAUGAUGAUGAUGAUGAUGACGAGGACGGCGAUGAUGAUGAUGAUGACGACGACGAUGAGCCGUCUGUGCCUUUGGAGCAAUAUCGGGCCUGGCUGGAUGAAGACAGUAACCUGGCCACAUGCCCUGUGCCAGACAUAGACUCCGACUCCAUGCUCGGCGUGCCGGUGGACGAGGAGGAGAGGUGGCUGGACGCCCUGGAGAAGGGAGAGCUCGACGACAACGGGGAGCUGAAGAAGGAGGUGGACGAGUCUCUGCUCACAGCCAGACAGAAAGCCCUGUUACACAAGCAGCAGAGCCAGCCUCUCCUGGAGCUCCCCAUGGGCUACAAGGAGAAGGAGAUGACGGUGGAGAUGAUGCAGAAGCGCGAGGAGCGAGCCCGGAAGAGACGCCUGCAGGCGGCCAAGAAGGCGGAAGACAGCAAGAACCAGACGAUCGAGAGGCUGACGAAAACCAGCAAGGCCAAGAUCAAGAGCAUGAGGGAGAGGAAGUCCAAGCAGAACCAGUGUCCCAUGAUCCGGUACAGCGACUGCGCCCUGGGCAUGGCCGUCUCCUUCCCCGCCGGGGUCACCGCGCACACGCCGGCGCCUCCCCGUCCUCCGCCGGCGGCCCCGGCGAGCUGCGGGGUCCACGGCUGCACCAACCGCAAGAAGUACUCGUGCUCAAAGACCGGGGUUCCUCUCUGCAGCCUCCGGUGCUACCAGGCCAACCUGCUGCUCGCUCAGAGCGCCGCAUAGGCGUGGAAAGGGACGGACAUUAGCCCGACGCAGGCGCUUCUGUGGCCCAAUGCAACCGGACAUUUGUCUUUUUUGUUUUUGGACUGAAUAUGUGGAUUUUUCAUGUGCUGUGUCAUUAAUAAGGAUUUUCAAAUUCAAUUAUGUACAUUAUAAAAAUAAGAAUUAAAAAGUGUAGCAACAAAGAUAAUGUUAUGAUUUCCAGUUUGUUGAAGACUACAUAAAUAUUUUUGUUACAUAUGGAAAAAACAACAUUAUUUCCACUACCAUUGAUUACUUUGUUGAUAAUGUACAAUUAUGUUUAGGAGGUUGUAAAAGAAUAAAACAGAAACCGAA